CACCCGCCGCGACCGCAACGGCGGCCAAGGUGCUCAGAACUUGACGCGAUGGGGCUUCCCGAGGAGCGGCGCAAGAGCGGCGGCGGGAGCCGGGCUCGCGAGGAGACGGGCGCCGAGGGCCGGGCGCGGCGUUGGUCCCCGCCGCCGGAGGUCAGGCGCUCGGCACACGUCUCCUCUCUGCAGCGCUACCGCGAGCUGCACCGGCGUUCUGUGGAGGAGCCGCGGGAGUUUUGGGGAAGCAUUGCCAAGGAAUUUUAUUGGAAGACUCCAUGCUCUGGCCCAUUCCUCCAGUACAACUUUGAUGUGACUAAAGGGAGAAUAUUCACUGAGUGGAUGAAAGGAGCAACCACAAAUAUCUGCUACAAUGUGCUGGAUAGAAAUGUCCAUGAGAAAAAACUUGGUGAUAAAGUUGCUUUUUACUGGGAGGGCAACGAGCCAGGGGAGACCACCAAGAUCACUUACCGGGAGCUUCUGGUCCAAGUGUGUCAGUUCAGCAAUGUUCUCCGUAAACAGGGCAUUCAGAAGGGUGACCGAGUGGCCAUCUACAUGCCUAUGAUCUUGGAACUUGUGGUGGCUAUGCUGGCAUGUGCGCGCCUUGGAGCUCUGCACUCCAUUGUGUUUGCAGGCUUCUCUGCAGAGUCUCUCUGCGAAAGGAUCUUGGAUUCUAGUUGCAGCCUUCUCAUCACUACAGAUGCCUUCUACAGGGGGGAAAAACUUGUGAACCUGAAGGAGCUGGCUGAUGAGUCCUUGGAGAAGUGCCGAGAGAAAGGUUUCCAAGUGAGAUGCUGCAUUGUGGUCAAACAUCUGGGGCGGUCAGAAUUGGGCAUGAAUGACUCCCCUAGCCAAUCUCCUCCAGUCAAGAGGUCCUGUCCAGAUGUCCAGGGUAAGCUGAAAGAGAAAUCCAAGUGCAUCCGACCCCAGAUCUCCUGGAAUGAAGGGGUUGACUUGUGGUGGCAUGAACUCAUGCAGCAGGCCGGGCAUGAGUUUGAGCCUGAAUGGUGUGAUGCUGAGGACCCACUCUUCAUCUUGUAUACCAGUGGCUCCACAGGGAAACCCAAGGGUGUGGUGCACACAAUUGGAGGCUACAUGCUCUAUGUAGCUACAACUUUCAAGUAUGUGUUUGAUUUCCACCCAGAGGAUGUGUUCUGGUGCACAGCAGACAUUGGCUGGAUCACUGGUCAUUCCUAUGUCACCUAUGGGCCACUGGCCAAUGGUGCCACCAGUGUUUUGUUUGAGGGGAUCCCCACAUACCCAGAUGAGAGCCGCUUGUGGAGCAUUGUGGACAAAUACAAGGUGACCAAGUUCUACACGGCACCAACAGCAAUCCGGAUGCUCAUGAAGUUUGGAGAUGAACCUGUCACCAAACACAGCCGGGCAUCCUUGCAGGUGCUGGGCACGGUAGGUGAACCCAUCAACCCUGAAGCCUGGCUGUGGUACCACCGGGUAGUAGGUUCCCAGCGUUGCCCCAUUGUAGACACCUUCUGGCAAACAGAAACAGGUGGCCAUAUGCUGACCCCUCUCCCUGGUGCCACACCUAUGAAACCUGGUUCUGCUUCUUUCCCGUUCUUUGGUGUAGCGCCUGCGAUCCUGAAUGAGUCUGGGGACGAGCUGGAAGGGGAAGCUGAAGGCUAUCUGGUGUUCAAGCAGCCCUGGCCAGGGAUCAUGCGCACAGUUUAUGGAAACCACACACGUUUUGAGACCACCUACUUUAAGAAGUUCCCUGGCUACUAUGUGACAGGAGAUGGCUGCCGGCGGGAUCAGGAUGGCUAUUACUGGAUCACUGGCAGGAUUGAUGAUAUGCUCAAUGUGUCUGGACAUCUUCUGAGUACAGCAGAGGUGGAAUCAGCACUUGUGGAACACGAGGCUGUUGCAGAGGCAGCUGUGGUGGGCCACCCUCAUCCUGUGAAGGGCGAAUGCCUUUAUUGUUUUGUCACCUUGUGUGAUGGCCACACCUUCAGCCCCACCCUCACUGAGGAACUGAAGAAACAGAUUAGAGAAAAGAUUGGCCCCAUUGCCACACCAGACUACAUCCAGAAUGCACCUGGCUUGCCUAAAACACGAUCAGGGAAAAUCAUGAGGCGAGUACUCCGGAAGAUUGCGCAGAAUGACCAUGACCUGGGGGACACAUCUACAGUGGCUGACCCGUCUGUCAUCAGUCAUCUCUUCAGUCACCGCUGCCUGACCACCCAGUGAACAAGACGUGUCCAGAUUUCCCUGUGCUUGGCUCUCCAAAUUUCUGCCCACCCACUCUGCCCCCUACCCAAGAGUACCAAGGCCGGUUCUGGUUGAC